GUUGGACUAACUUAUAUACAUAUAUAUAUAUAUAAUAGCAAUAAUUGUUACUUCAUUAUUUUCCCAAUCGUGGGAAAUGGCCAUGGAGAGGAGAAAACCCUACCGCUAUCCAGCUGCAAGAGCGCCUGUUGGUGAGACUCUGCAAGAAGGCCCUCGCGUGUGGUUUACAGCUCCAAAUGGUGAGAGCUAUGAAGUAAACGUGCUGAAGAUGCAGCAGCGGAACCUUCGGACUGGGAAAAUACGCCAGGUAAGCUGCCAUAGUGGUGGCUGGUUUUUUGACAAGCACUGUACCAAGCCGGUACCACGAUGGCUGCCCUUCUCGAAGCCAAUUCACCGUGCUUUGGAUGCUGCUAGAGAUGUCAGUGGUGCAGAGCCCCUUGAAGUGCAUGAAGCACAUGAUGUGACUGACGACUUAGUGGCAGAGGUGUCCAUAGCAGCUGCAGGUCCGGGCUGGAUGACCCAAGUUCUGGAAUCAGAACUUCUGCCGGCGACUCCUUCCGCUCCAAGUUUCGUGCAGGUGCGACAAGCUGCGCUGUCAGGAAGCACUAGCCAAGUGCGGUGGCUCCUGUGCAGCCAGCAGGUCCAGGUGCUUGGCCAUGAAAUCUUCGAUCGUCGUUACCCUGGCUUUGUGCUCAAGGAUGAGCAUAAGUGCUGCAUCAAAAUGCUUUUGGCGCGAGGCGCGAAGUUGGGACGCUUUGCCCCUAGCAGCAAGCUGUUGCGGAAGGUGGAGUCAGAUUGCAUGGGCCUGUGGCUACAAUGCUUCUUACGCUCCGCGGCCUUGGCAGGGAUGGACCUGCCGGACCCUGUACAGAGUUACUUGCUCGAAUUCUAGCCAAGAUGGGUUUGUACAGACUCGUGCACGAGAACACACUGGCUAGGGAAAAAAAGAGCUAGA